GCGCAGGCCCGCUGGAGUCGGAGCUGCGUCUCGGGGGGUCCCCAGCGCCGCCAUGGACGCCGCGGCGCGCUGACAGCCCAUGGAGAGUCGCGGGGGGCCUCCCGGGCCCUACCGGGCCACCAAGCUGAAGCAUCAUAGAAGAGAGACUGCUAGAGACGGUUAUUGAAGGCGUUUUGCUGUGGAAUGAAGUAACCACAUCUUUCCGAGCAGGAAUGCCCCUGAGAAAACACAGGCAACACUUUAAAAAAUACGGAAACUGCUUCACAGCAGGGGAAGCCGUGGAUUGGCUUUAUGACCUAUUAAGAAAUAAUAGCAAUUUUGGUCCUGAAGUUACGAGGCAACAGACUAUUCAACUAUUGAGAAAAUUUCUUAAAAAUCAUGUAAUUGAAGAUAUCAAAGGCAGAUGGGGAUCAGAAAAUCUCGAUGACAAUAAUCAGCUAUUCAGGUUUCCUGCAACUUCUCCACUUAAAUCACUUCCACGAAGGCAUCCAGAGUUGAGAAAAGGCAGCAUCGACAGUUUUUCGAAAGACAAAGAGAAUGUUUUUAAAUUACGAAACUUGACUCGUAGAACUCCCAAGAAGCAUGGCUUACAUUUCUCUCAGGAAACUACAGAGAAAAUAAAUCAUGAAAUCAAAGAAGAUCAAGAAAACUUAGGAGAUUAUAGAGAAAUAAGCCAGGAGGAUGUCGAAGAAGUUUGGAGAUACGUUAUUCUGAUCUACCUGCAAACCAUUUUGUGUGUACCAUCCCUAGAAGAACUCAUAAAUCCAAACCAAGUAAUUCCCCAGUACGUGAUGUACAACAUGGCCAACACGAGUAAGCGUGGAGUGGUUAUACUACAGGACAGAUCAGAAGACCUUCCUCACUGGGUGUUAUCUGCCAUGAAGUGCCUAGCAAAUUGGCCAAGAAGCAAUGAUGCGUGUCAUCCAGCUUACGUUGGCUUUGAGCGAGAUGUGUUCAGAACAGUUGCUGAUUAUUUUCUCCAUCUCCCUGAACCUCUACUUACAUAUGAAUAUUAUGAAUUAUUUGUGAACAUUUUGGUUGUGUGUGGCUGCAUCACAGUUUCAGAUAGACCCAGUGGGACACAUAAAAUCCAAGACGACCCACAGCCUUCAGAAACCCUUCACCUAACCAGUUCGCAUUCCUUCAAGUCCACUGAGUGUCUUCUUCUCAGUCUGCUUCACAGAGACAAAAGCAAAGAAGACUCAGACUUUCCCGAGAGACUCCAGUUAAGUGAUCAUGGAUUUCAAGAAGGACAUGCUAAGAAAAUGCAGCUAGUUAACCUAAGAAGCAGAAGAGUCAGGACCAGGGAUGGGAUGGGAGGAAGCUGUCACAGUCUGACAGGCUUGAGUAGCUCACGUGCUCUAUCCGCUAGCAUCAAGCCAAGGUGCUCGUCUUUGGAGGGAAUUGUAGAUACACCGGGCUAUUCCUGUGCCAGGGUGUCCAGUGCUUUCCAGCACUCUGUUCUGAGUGCAGUACGACACAAAAGCGAACAGUGUUUAGAGUCAGAGCCCAAACAGGAGUCCCUGCUGGAUCUGCAUUCAGGGGGAAGGACUCACAAGCCACUCUGCAGUGGCGGCUUCAGAAGAAUUUCUGCUUUGACUGUCAGAGACCAAGAGGAGUCUGGUUCUGGGGACUGCAGGCCCCAACCACUUUGCAGGUCUCAAAGUCUGCUGUUAAGGAGUAGCUCAAGACGGAACAGCUAUGUAAAUACACCCGUGGCGGAAGUCGUCAUGAAACCAACUCUUGGACAUGGCAGCACAAGGGUGCACAGAGCCAUGGAAAGUGAACUCAGGGAGGAUUGUGUCACAAUCAAUAAAAGACUGUGCAAAAGUACUGUAGAACUCUCAGAAAACUCUUUACCUCCAGCUUCUGCUGUAUUGACUGGCACACAAAGCCUGCUGCAGCCCCACCUGGAGAGGGUCGCCGUCAGUGCGCUGCAGUUGUGCUGUCUGCUGCUUCCCCCGCCAAACCGUAGGAAGCUCCAGCUCCUCAUGCGCAUGAUGGCCCGCAUGAGUGGAAACGUGGACCUGCCCAUACUGCACGACGCCAUGGGCACAAGGGCGCUGAUGAUACACACUUUUUCCCGGUGUGUGCUGUGCUGUGCAGAAGAAGUGGACCUGGACGAACUGCUUGCUGCAAGAUUAGUUUCCUUCCUAAUGGAUCAUCAGCAGGAGAUUCUUCAGGUGCCCUCUUACUUGCAGGCCGCAGUGGACAAACAACUGGACUGCUUACAGAAGGGCCAGAUCACCGGCCCCGGGGACGGACUCCUCGCUCCUCUGCCGACUUUCUCUUACUGUAAACAGAUCAGCACCCAGGAGUUUGAUGAGCAGAAGGUUUCUACCUCUCAGGCUGCCAUCGCAGAGCUUCUGGAGAGUCUCGUGAAAAACAAGAGUUUACCUCUGAAGGAAAAACGGAAAAAACUGAAGCAGUUUCAGAAGGAGUACCCCCUGAUAUAUCAGAAGAGAUUCCCAACCACAGAGAGUGAAGCAGCGCUUUUUGGAGACAAACCUACCAUCAAACAACCCAUGCUGAUUUUAAGAAAACCAAAGUUUCGAAGUCUGAGAUACUAACUUAAUUAAAAAUUAUCUGACACCUGUGAAACUCUAGUACAUGAAGCCAUAUCUCAGAGUCCAGCUCCAGGAGGGAGUCUGUUGUUAAUAAGUUUCCCUAAGUAAACAAAUUGUGAAGAGGAGCCAUAUAAGCUGACUGCUAAGAAGCUGUGUCUCAACCCAGGAGGUGACAGUAGGUGAUGUAUCCCACAACUAUCUGGAUAAUCUAUCAUGGUCGUACUGAACUUUAUUCAGUGAAAUCUUGAAAACUGAUCAUCAAGAAUAAUUCUGUUCUGCUCAUGUGCGUAAGGCUGUUAGCUGAGGAGCUAGUUGUUAGGAUUACUUUGCUUUUGAGUGUAAGAUAAGACUGUUUGGAAGCACAUUGAAUUUUUAACUGCUAAAUGUUGCACGCUUUUGUAUGUUCCCUUUCACCUUUCGAUCUAUUUAUGUGUGUGUGUGUUUUAAGUAUCUACAUAAAAUUUUUUUUUGCCUUAAACAUUAUCCUGCAUUAUUCACUCUUUGCCCUCUGAGUGUCAUUUGAAAUCUUAUGUUCAUAACCUAGAGUGAUAGAGAUGAAAAAGAAGUACACCAGGCAUUCGUGUUUGUUCAGAAAUCUAGCAGCUGCUCGGUGCCUGGCAAUGGUACAUCAGUAAUACUCCCUAAUGUAUUUGUAUUUUAAUCGAGGGCUUAACGCAGCACUCAUGAAAUCCAGGCACGGGGAGUCCCUCUGCAGAAGACGGACUUCUGUGACUGUGGGGCAGUUCUAGAGGCCCAGGGCCCAGGCCCUCGUUAUCCCAGUCAGUUCUCUGUUUUAGGGCUGUUACCUCGGCCCUGGUGCUUCUUUUAGCUCAGGAGGGGAUUUAGAUACUCUUUGAGGCUCAGUGCCCCAAAUGCUUUUUACAACAUUUAAGAAAAUGCCAAGCUGAUGGCACACGGAUUUUAUUUUUCAUUGAAAAAACAGCCAAGUGUAAAUGUCUGUCCUGGAUUCCCGCGCGAUUGAUUUGGUACAUGUGUGAAAUAAGUUUGUCUUUUUUGUUUGUAAAGUAUAAAGAAAUAUACAUGUAACAGACUCUGCUUAAUGACUGUCUUGAUUCUCUUUGUAAUUUUAUUUACUAUUGACAAACAGUGAUAAUGUUCCAUUUAAUAUUAUUUUAUUAAAAAUUUGGACAGCAAACAAUAAA